CACUAAUCACCAUCUCUCAACAAAAUUCAAUUGGGUCCCUUCCCCUCCCUACUGUUUCGGCUUCGCAAAGAAUAAUAAUCCCAUAGGCUUUCCUCUUUCACCUUCCCUGAUCCCUCCACGAACAGCAGCAACAUCACAGCAGGUAGCAGCUGGCAACAAGCGGCAUGGACCACCAGCUGUGCGACGACCCCUUCGCGAGCAGCAUCUCGUCGUUGGAGGCGGAGAUGGUCUUCUCCGGCGGCCAGAUGCCGUCGCUUCCGUGGCCGGACCUCGACCUCGACGACGAUGACAUCCACGACCUCUCCGCGCCGGCCGCCAACGCCACCUCCUCGGGCGGCUACGGCUCGGGCGGCUCCGGCUCCAACAGGAAGCUCAGCCACAACGCGUACGAGCGCGACCGCCGGAAGCAGCUCAACGAGCUCUACUCCUCGCUCCGCUCCCUCCUCCCCGACGCCGAUCACACCAAGAAGCUGAGCAUUCCCACCACGGUGUCUCGAGUCCUCAAGUACAUCCCCGAGCUGCAGAAGCAGGUGGCCAACCUGGAGAGGAGGAAGAAGGAGCUCACGAGCGCCAACUGCAAACCAGGAGUUCUGAACACGAGCGCGAGCAUAACUCCCAUUGUCUCAGCUACUUGCUUCAACGACAUGGAGAUCAUGGUUCAGGUCAGCCUGCUCAGCAAUGUGGCUGCUACAACUCUUCCUCCCUCCAAGUGUAUAAAAGUGUUGGAGAACGAAGGCCUUCACCUCAUCAGUUCAUCAACUUACUCAACCUUUGAGAACAGGACAUUCUACAGCCUCCACUUCCAGAGAAGUCGAACAACGAUGAAGAAGGAGUGUCCAGCAUUCUGUCAUGAAUUGGAGAGGGUCGUCAUGAAGACAGCAGCACAAGGAGGGAAGGGAAACUAUACUUACCGCAUGUUGACUUUUGGAGACAAUACCAAUGGAUAUCUUCGCCAGGAAUUGACGAUGGAGGUCCAGCAAUAGAAUUGGUGCACCAUAAUGGAUAUUUACUAUUUGUUAUAUCUCUUUUCUAUGGAGGGUGAGUUAUGGCUAUGUGGUAGAUGGAGUCUACAUCAUAGCAAAAACUUUAUAAUAAUUAUCGGCCAGAUACAUCUCUGAAUGUAGAGGCUGGGAUAGCUUGUUGAAUGUUAUUCCAUUAUUAGAAAAAGUCAGGAAUGUAACUCUAUU